CUUAAUAAUUGUAUUCAGAAAAAUUCAUUAAAAUGCAUUGAGAAAAUCAUUUAAAAGGCUACGAACUGCACUUGAAUACUUGUAGUAACACCCAUAGUAAGCAACAUGAAAGUUGUGUUGGCAUUAACCGCAGUAUUAUUCGUGCUCCUAGACAAUAGGGUAUCCGUCAGCGCACACAGGCGUCUUCCGCAUCAUACUCCUCAGCGUCCUCCGCAUACUCAUCCAGCCGAUACCUAUAUUCCAGCCAUUGCGGGUGAUCUAUUUACAGCAAUUUUUAACCCCAGUGAAUUUCCGGCCGUAUCGGUUGGACCGAUUACCAAUGCUCAAGGAUGCAUUAACGCGCACAAUAGUUAUGCUCUAAUUGCAGUUGCUUAUGCUGGAAAAGCUAUACGUCGUGCAGUAAAAAUAACGGAAGGCGGUCUGCAUAUUACCAAUGUAGAUCAGUUGCGAGAACAAUUCGUUGAGAACAUAAAUCGCUGUAGCAUACUUGGGAAAUCCCCUGAAAGAUUCGAUUGUUACGAGAGGGUGAUUACCGAUUUGUUCCAAGAAAUUGCUACAGCAAACCAAAGCCAUGGCUACAUUUUCAGACCAAUAAUAUUAAAGGCGUUAAAAAGGCUUGACAAAAAAUUAGCUAGAGUGUCUCAGAGAUUGCAAAAAUGUUUAGCGAGAUUCCCAGAAUCUGCAACAUCUACAACAACGGAACCGCAAACUUCCUCAGAUACAACAACGACUGUCGGCGUCUCGUCAUCAGAACCGCAAACUUCCUCAGAUACAACAACGACUGUCGGCGUGUCGUCAUCAGAACCACCAACUUCCUCUGAUAUAACAACGACUAUCGACGUCUCGUCAUCAGAACCGCAAACUUCCUCGGAUGCAACAACGACUGUCGGCGUGUGGAACUUCCUCUGAUACAACAGACUCCUCCGUGAGCACAACAGCAACAACUACCGACUAAACAUCUCCGCGCUUCUUCCUUCCUUCACUCUUCCUGUUGAGUAUCGAUGCAAAUUCUGAAUUUGAAUGGUAAAAUUGCACAGAAACCUCUAUAUAUUAACCCAUACUACAUACUAAUACUGAAAAUGAUAAUAUCGUUUAUUUUUUGCGUAAACCAGGGCAAUGUGUUAGAGUUUUACGAAAGUUCAUAGCCGUUUUGUAGUAGUUUAUACUCAUCACGCUCCGAAAAAUAAAAUAUAUCACUUUUAGUAAAGAA